AUGACCCUAAUAUAUGGUCCUCAGCCACUACAGAAUCUAAAUACCAAGAUGAGACAUGGGUUCGAAGAACAAUAUAAAGAUGAGCAUCUUUUGCAGGCUUUAGCAAACGAUUUUAUAUUCUAUUUUGAUGAUAAGAGACACAGAACAAAUGGGAACCCAAUAACCGAAGAAACGAAACGAGUAGAUAAAGAACAAUAUUACCAACCGAUUACAAAUUGGAAGAUCACCAAAGAUCGUCAGAAAACGGUUAGUGCCGCCCUCCUCCUCUGUCUUAACCUCGGAGUCGAUCCCCCAGAUGUCGUUAAAACACACCCAUGUGCUAGAGUAGAAGCUUGGGUAGAUCCAUUAAAUUUCCAGGAUUCGAAGAAGGCUAUUGAGCAAAUUGGUAAAAACUUACAAUCACAAUAUGAAACAUUAUCUCUUAGGACACGUUAUAAACAGAGUCUUGAUCCUUGCGUCGAAGACGUGAAAAGGUUUUGUAAUUCAUUGAGAAGACAAUCUAAGGAUGAUCAAAUAUUGUUCCAUUAUAAUGGGCAUGGAGUCCCCCAACCGACACCAUCCGGUGAAAUUUGGGUAUUUAAUAGAGGAUAUACCCAAUACAUACCAAUUUCCUUAUAUGAUUUACAGACUUGGUUAGGUGCGCCAUGUAUAUUUGUCUACGAUUGUAAUAGUGCUGGAAAUAUUGUAAAGAAUUUUGAAAAGUUUGUAGAAAAGAGAAUUAAGGAUGAUGAAGAAGGAAAUCAUGAUAAUGCGUCACAGUCACCUACAGCUGCAUAUAAAGAUUGUUUCCAAUUAGCGUCGUGUCGAUCAAAUGAAUUACUUAUAAUGAAUCCAGAAUUACCAGCAGAUCUCUUCACAUGUUGUUUAACUUGUCCAAUUGAAAUCAGCAUUAGAAUAUUCUUAAUACGCUCACCACUAAAAGAUACCAAAUAUAAAAUAUUUUUUGAUAACUCUAAGAAACAUUAUGAUGUCAAAAAUGCUUAUAAAUCCAAAAUACCAAAUAUUAAUAUUCCAGGUAUGCUUUCCGAUAGAAGAACACCUUUAGGUGAAUUAAAUUGGAUAUUUACCGCCAUUACAGAUACCAUUGCUUGGACUUCUUUGCCAAGAUCUCUUUUUAAAAAGUUGUUCAGACAUGAUUUAAUGAUUGCCGCACUUUUCCGUAAUUUUCUACUAGCAAAAAGAAUAAUGCCUUGGUAUAAUUGCCAUCCCCUCUCCACUCCUGAGUUACCAGAUUCGAUAGCUAAACACGAAAUGUGGAAGUCGUGGGACUUAGCCAUGGAUGAAGUUUUGAGUAAAAUCGUUGACAAUCUGAAAAAUACUCCAGAGACAUCAGAUUUAGAGUCUCAGAUGAUAUUACAACAUGAAGAAUCAUUGCAAAAUCAAAAGAACGAUAUGAGUCAACAAUCUUCCCAAAAACUGCAACAAAAUGAUAGAGUUCCGGAAAGUAUCCAAGGUCAAUCGAGGUUUAAUGUUGGUAAUUUGAGUACAAUGUCUCUUGCCGCACAUCCAGGUUUGCAGCAAAAUAGCAAUGCAGGGAACAAGAAACCUUCAUCUGUUAAUGUGAUCACACAAUUACCUCAACAGCAAUUUUCAGGAUUCUUUGAACAAAACCUUACUGCAUUUGAACUUUGGUUAAAAUAUGUUUCUAAUGUUAGAAAUCCUCCAGAACAGUUACCGAUCGUUUUACAAGUCUUACUUUCACAAGUGCAUCGUAUCAGAGCAUUGGUUCUUCUCUCGCGAUUUUUAGACCUAGGACCAUGGGCUGUAUAUUUGUCUUUGUCUAUAGGUAUAUUUCCUUAUGUGUUAAAACUACUUCAAAGCCCGGCACCAGAGUUGAAACCAAUCUUAGUAUUUAUAUGGGCUAGAAUAAUGUCCAUUGAUUAUAAAAAUACACAAGCAGAAUUGAUUAAGGAAAAGGGAUUCAUGUAUUUUAUCAAUGUAUUGGUUCCCGACUUUGGUAUUAACAAUAAUUUACAUGGGAAUCUUAGUAAUGGAGGCAGUACACCAGUUAUGAUAUCAGAUGGCAAAACCUAUAGUAGUGCAAGAUUGCCACAACAUGAUCCGACACAUAAAAACAGCAUUAGUCCUAUCUACCAUUCAAAUGAUACUACUGAUGAGCAAAAAGCAAUGUCCGUCUUUGUUUUAUCAUCAUUUAUAAGAGAAUUUAGUGUAGGACAAAAAUGCUGUUUUGAGAUAGAACUCAUCAAGAAAUUAUGUGUGUAUAUCCAAAUUUCGGAGAUUCCACUCCUAAGGCAAUGGUGUGUUAUCUUUAUAGGUUUGUUAUAUUCGGGAAAUCCACUCUAUAAGUCGAUAUGCAUGGAGAUCCAUGUCUUUGAUGUCCUACUUGAAGCUCUGCAUGACCCUGUUCCUGAAGUGCGAACUGCAACAAUAUUAAGUUUAAACAACUUCAUUUCAGAAAAUAUCGAUACUGAUACCGUUAUUAGGCUACAACAAGAAUAUGAACAACAGUAUCAACAAUUACAAAUUCAAUUACAACAGUUAAUUAAUAAUUAUAAUCAAAAACAGAAUCAACAACAUAUGGAACAACAACAGAUGAAGCUAGAACAGCAGAUGAAUAGUUGUAUUAAUAUGCAACGUCAAUUGGAAAAUAUCGAUUUAAAAAUUCUAAGAUCUCAAGAGGUCACAAAUUUAAUCGCCGCUUUAGAACUUAUCAACGAUGGAUCCCCAUUAGUUAGAAAAGAAGUAAUUAUUUUUCUUUCCAAGACUGUAUACAGGUACAUCAAUUUUUUCAUUGUUGUUGCCUUUAAUGAGCUAGUGGAGAAUGUUAGUCAACUUGAGAGAACAAAUUCUGAGGCAGCAAAUUAUAAUGAUAAACAAUUUGUCGGAUAUGGAUCAGUUUUUAGUACAGUUUGGAAAGCCCUUUUAAUAUUGGCUAGUGAUCCUCAUAUUGAAAACAGAGAAUUAGCUGAAGAGGUUAUAGAUUAUGUUCUUAUCGAACUGAGUAUGUAUAAGGAACUUAGAGAGCCAUUUGGUAAACUAGAACAGUAUUUAGUUAAAAGAAACUCUAAAGUGUCUCCCGUCGGUAAAUAUGCAUUUAAAUAUUUGCCUGUAAAUGGUGGUAAAACCCAGAUCCGUUCAUUUACAACAGGUCAUAAUCGUAAUAAUUCUAUUACUGAUGAUGAAUUGCUGGAAACUUCCAGAUCUGACCAAAAUGGUGGCUAUACAGCACCUCUAUCGAUUAACAAAAUCUUCAAAAGUCUAGGGUUAGAUAUGGGCGAAACUUCGAAGAAUCAUUCGGAUAACGUCUCAGUGUCUAGUGGGAAUGAAAAUGACCUAAUAAAUGUUUCGUCAAUGAAUGAUGAACAUGGGGUGGCACCAACCCCUAAAGUUCCUAGAUAUAGUAGUAGAACAGAGAAGCUAAGAUUACCAUUCCAAAGUACGUUUUUGGAUUAUGCUUGCGAAUAUUUCCAAGAACCGCAGAUGAGAAAACCAGAAAAUGACGAAAAAGGAAGUAUUGAGUACAAUAGAAGACUUUGGAGGAAAAAUAGAAAUGAUUCUAUAAUUCAAGAGACUCAAAAUGAAAAAAAAUUAGCACUGUAUGGUGACUGGUCAAAAAAAUUUGUUACUCUCGAUAAUAAAACACAACCAAAGACAUUACAAUUUACACAAUUUGAAGAUCAUUUGGGUGUCGCUGAUGAUAGAGAUAAUAUUACGGUUUUCGAUUGGAAAACAAGUAAAACGUUAUCGAGAUUUUCCAACGGUAAUCCAUUUGGCACUAAAAUAACAGAUUUGAAAUUUAUUAAUGAGGAUGAUACCUCUAUUAUGAUGAUUGGAUCAUCUGACGGUAUGAUUAAACUUUACAAAAACUAUUCUUCAUUGGAUACUGUUGAAAAUAUCACUUCUUGGAAGGGAUUGACAGAAAUGCUUUUAACGCCAAGAUCGUAUGGUCUGAUUACUGAGUGGCAGCAAAGUAGGGGGUCUCUAUUAGCAACUGGUGAUGUUAAGAUUAUUAGAGUAUGGGAUGCCCAUACAGAAACUAUUGAAGUAGAUAUACCUGCCAAAACUUCUGCAUUGAUGACGUCCUUAACUUCAGAUCAAUUCGCAGGAGAUAUUUUUGUAGGCGGAUUCAGUGACGGUACAAUUAGAGUGUAUGAUCGUCGUUUAGAUCAUAGAAAUGCUAUUAUUCGUCGUUGGAGAACCAGUGGUGGUGGUAGAGACGUUUGGAUAAAUAAUGUCCAUUUGCAAAGAGGUGGGUAUAGAGAAUUGGUAAGUGGUGCUACCAAUGGAGUAGUUGAAUUAUGGGAUAUAAGAUCUGAAGACCCCGUUAGGACUUUCUCAGACGAAAAUAAUGGGUCAAAUAAUACUCAAAGAAACUAUUUAACAAUGGCUACUGCUGAAAUACACGAACAUGCUCCUGUUAUCGCCACAAGUACAAAACAGAUUAAAAUAUGGACUACAUCUGGUGACUUACUUUCUUGUUUUAAGAACACUACUGGUGGAAAUGGUGUUGCCAGUACUAUUGCUGGCGCAACAGGUAUAAGAUCAAACCGUAUUGCUUCGAGCUCCUUUGUUUCUGCUAUGAGUUUCCAUCCUCACAGAAUGAUGCUUGUUGCUGCUAAUUCUCAUGAUACAAGGUUUAACAUAUACAAGUGUAAAGAUAAUAUUACGAAUUAUUAG